AUGUCCGCUAUUAGAUCAAUUGCCCAGCGUACGUUGCGUACCCAGGCCCAAAUUUCCAGAGUUUCCUUCCUGGGAGCCAGAGCUUACUCUACAAAAGAGCCCACUUUGAAGGAGCGUUUUGCUGAGCUUCUGCCUGAGAAGAUUGAGCAGAUCAAGCAGCUCAAGGCCGAGCACGGCAAGACUGUCAUCGGCGAGGUUCUGCUUGAGCAGGCCUACGGUGGUAUGAGAGGUAUUAAGGGCCUCGUGUGGGAGGGAUCCGUUUUGGACCCAAUUGAGGGAAUCCGUUUCAGAGGAAGAACUAUUCCAGACAUUCAAAAGGAGCUGCCAAAGGCUCCAGGUGGAAACGAGCCAUUGCCAGAGGCUCUUUUCUGGCUGUUGUUGACCGGUGAGGUCCCAACUGAGUCCCAAACCAAGGCUUUCUCUGAGGAGUUGGCUGCUCGUUCCGCUCUUCCAAAGCACGUUGAGGAGUUGAUCGACCGUUCCCCAGCUACUUUGCACCCAAUGGCUCAAUUUUCUAUCGCCGUUACUGCUUUAGAAUCUGAGUCACAAUUCGCCAAGGCUUACGCCAAGGGUGUUAACAAGAAGGAGUACUGGGUGUACACCUACGAAGACUCCAUUGACUUGAUCGCCAAGUUGCCAAACAUCGCUGCCAGAAUCUACAAGAACGUCUUCAAAGACGGAAAGGUUGGAUCUGUUGACCCAUCCAAGGACUACUCUGCCAACUUGGCCUCUUUGCUAGGUUUCGGUGAGAACGCCGAGUUCGUUGAGCUGAUGAGAUUAUACCUGUCUAUCCACUCCGAUCACGAAGGUGGUAACGUCUCUGCCCACACCACUCACUUGGUUGGAUCUGCUCUUUCUUCCCCAUUCUUAUCCUUCGCCGCUGGUUUGAACGGUUUAGCUGGUCCUCUGCACGGCAGAGCCAACCAGGAGGUCUUGGAAUGGUUAUUCCAAAUCAAGAAGGAGUUGGGCGGUGACUUCUCCAAGGAAAAGAUUGAAAAGUACUUGUGGGACACUCUUAAGGCUGGCCGUGUCGUUCCAGGUUACGGACAUGCUGUUCUGAGAAAGACUGACCCACGUUACACUGCUCAACGUGAGUUUGCUCUCAAGCACUUGCCAGACUUUGACUUGUUCAAGUUGGUUUCUGCUGUUUAUGAGGUUGCUCCAGUUGUCUUGACCGAGCACGGUAAGACCAAGAACCCAUGGCCAAAUGUGGACUCUCAUUCCGGUGUUUUGUUGCAAUACUACGGUCUGACUGAGGAGUCAUUCUACACCGUUUUGUUCGGUGUUUCCAGAGCUUUAGGUGUUCUGCCUCAGUUGAUCAUUGACCGUGGUGUCGGUGCUCCAAUUGAGCGCCCCAAGUCCUUCUCUACUGAGAAGUACAUUGAGCUGGUUAAGGGUCUUGGUAAAUAA